UUCCUAAAAGCCACGUUGAUCCUGGUGCUUCGCUCUGGGAGUUUCCAAAUCGAGCAGAUUUCCUGAGUCCAACCAUUUACUACAUGUGUUUGAACAUGUUUCUGUAAAAUGACCUCUCUCGUUUCAUUGGACUUGAAAACCAACUCACGUCCUCCACUUUUAAGCCCCUCGCGCUUGCGCGUAACGGAACCGGGAGCUGUCUAAGUGCUGAAAGGAGAAAAGGGCGUUCCUCUGGCCAUUCCUCAACUGGAGACGGUGGCGCACCUGCCAAAGGUUUCACUUCGGACGCGGCAACACGCUCCGGCGGGGCGCCCAUCGCAGAGGGAGCUCACGAGUCUGAUUCCAGCGCCGGAGCAGAGAGCCGCCGAGGGGAUGCGCUUCGGAGUUUCACCCUCUCCACGUCUGACCAGCGCAGGACCGAUGUCUCCUCACGCCUGCGCUCCGACAAAUGUGUCCCUGGGAGUCAGAGUUUCACGAAACUAAACUAUGAUCUGUGGCCGCGGUGGGGAAUGUCUCCUGUAUCUCUGUGUGACACAAGAACACCCGAACGCCCACGACCUGGUCCGGAGGAACGCGCUCUCCCUAUUUGGAUUAUGUCUCUGACCAAUGUGAACAUAUGGAAGAAAUAGAAAAGUGAGCACAUGGGGAAACCACCGGGAAUGAAUCGCUCCUUCGUCAGGGUUGUGGUCGCUUUAUUCACGUAUUUCAUGGAGACUAACGACUUUAGAGUUGUGGAUGCAAAGGAGCACGACUCCAGAUCAUCCUCCAACAUGUCUCCAUCAGACUUUCUGGACUCACUCAUGGGUCGCACGUCUGGGUAUGAUGCACGAAUAAGACCGAAUUUUAAAGGUCCACCAGUUAAUGUUACCUGCAACAUAUUUAUCAACAGCUUUGGUUCUAUAGCAGAAACUACAAUGGAUUACAGGGUGAACAUCUUCCUGCGGCAGAAGUGGAAUGACCCUCGGCUGGCGUACAGUAAAUACCCCGACUCCUCCCUCGACCUGGACCCAUCCAUGUUGGACUCCAUAUGGAAGCCGGACCUUUUCUUUGCCAAUGAGAAAGGAGCCAACUUCCACGACGUCACCACUGACAACAAGCUGCUGCGGAUCUUCAAGGAUGGGACUGUCCUCUACAGCAUCAGGUUGACUCUCAUCCUGUCUUGCCCGAUGGAUCUGAAGAACUUUCCCAUGGAUACCCAGACUUGUACGAUGCAACUGGAAAGUUUUGGCUACACCAUGAACGACUUGGUCUUCGAGUGGCUGGAGAACGGUGCGGUGCAGGUGUCAGACGGGCUCACGCUGCCCCAGUUUAUCAUGAGGGAAGAAAAGGAGCUGGGAUACUGCACCAAACACUACAACACUGGAAAAUUCACCUGUAUUGAAGUGAAAUUCCACCUGGAGCGCCAGAUGGGCUACUACCUGAUCCAGAUGUACAUCCCCUCCCUCCUGAUCGUCAUCCUGUCCUGGGUGUCUUUUUGGAUCAAUAUGGACGCGGCUCCUGCCAGAGUGGCACUGGGCAUCACCACUGUGCUUACCAUGACCACGCAAAGCUCCGGCUCCAGAGCUUCUCUUCCAAAGGUUUCUUACGUGAAAGCCAUCGACAUCUGGAUGGCUGUGUGUCUGCUCUUUGUAUUUGCUGCACUGCUAGAAUAUGCCGGGGUCAAUUUUGUCUCCAGGCAACAGAAAGAGUUCCUCCGCCUGAGGCGAAGACAAAGGAAGAAUCAAAAGGAUGAGGACAUGCGUGAGGGCCGCUUCAGCUUCGCUGGCUACAACAUGAGUCAGUGUCUGCCAACGAAGGACGGCUCAGCUGUUAAGAACGCUGCCCCGGCUCCGAACCCUCAACCGUUAGUCCCGAAAGACAUAGACACCAUGAAGAAGAAGUUUGUGGACAGAGCCAAGAGGAUAGACACAAUCUCCAGGGCUGCCUUUCCUCUGGCCUUCCUCAUCUUCAACAUCUUCUACUGGGUCACCUACAAGAUCAUCAGGCACGAGGACAUCCACCAGAAGUGAAAGACUUCACCCACUGACAAAUAAUAUUUGAUUUCUCAGAUUGAGAAAUGCUUGGAAAAGCACAGCGGGAUGAGAUGAGAGACUGUGCAUUGAGAGGCACCAUGGUGACGAUGGCGGUGUUCUUUCAGGGAUAAUGUCUAAUGAUCAUGCAUCACACGGUAAUGCUCAUGUUCUGAUAACGUGAAGAGCGUUUGAGACUCAGAUGCUGUUUUGUCGUUGUACUGCUGCAUAAUAUUCCCUAAAGAACCUGGGGGGGAAGGGUUUUAACUCAAGGCUUAGUAACAUGCUGGAGAAAACGGACCAAACUUUUAUGAAUCAGUUCUUUUUUGGGAUCUGUAAAAACAAGGCAAAAAACCCCCCCAACAUUCCACGGAUUGAAUGGAUUUGUAAACGUACGGUAGCUUAGUCACACCGUCAGGAUUUUUUUGGUGAUUGCAAAAGGGAGUCUUUCUUAACUAAAGCCUGUUUUAAAGUGUACUAUUGUGACGGCACUUCCUCUUGGGUUUGUACAAAAAUACAUCAGCAAACGUCUAAAACAUACAGAUGGGAAGCACAGGCAUUUUUCAGCAGCGCAUGUCUCGGGCAUGAGCAUGAACAAAGCAGAUGGAAAUCUUGAAUUGGAUAGUGCAUUUUUAUGAAAUACCUGAGGCCUUAGAUAUCAAAAGAUUUGGUGAGAAGAACCACUAUGGUUCUCUAUUUUUUCAAGCAUCUUCUCUCGUGUUGUGGUAAAUCAGAGCCGAAUUCACCGGAACAGGUUUUUCUACCUGUGGCCACACACUCAAAGGUUCUUUCUUGUGGUUUCAUUUUUUCUCCAAAUGUAUUAUAAAUCACAUCCAUGGACAAAUGAUGUCACCGCCAGUCAAAUUCAGAUGUUUUCAGAGUAAUUUAUUAAACAAACUGUCAUAUGUUUUCACAGGCUGGGUUCAUGAGGUGUAAUGUGAGGUAUAAUUUUGAGCGUGAGUGUCUAUGUAAGCCCACAAACUGUGAACACGCACUGCGUUACUCAAUGUCGUCAUACGCCCAUGUCCACAUGAAUUCAUUUAUAUUCCAGGUAAAUACUCCAGGUAUCCUAGGUAUGGUUUUAGAGUUUCAGAUAUGUUUUUGUAGGUUUAGUCUGAUUAGUUAUUGUAAUGGAGAAAAAGUUAUGUUUACAUAUAUGUAUAUAUUUAAAUAUAUAUAUAAAGCUUUCUGUAUACUUCUUCAACCUCUGAUGUGGACAGUUUCCCUUCACUUGGUGUGUUUGUUGCUGGAAUGUGACGUGUGAAAGAUUGAACAGUGAAGGACAUAUCUGCAUAACAUUCAUAAGUAAAGAGCAGCUAAUGGUCCUUGCAGUCCAAGUUAUUUAUUGGCCUGUACAUCAAUAAAAUUGACUGUGCACCAUA